GCCACGACAUGACUGCAUUUUCCCACGUGUCAGCUCGGCGACCGACGCCGACAGGCAAGCAGGUUCGCCGUUCCUUCAGACGAGGCCGCCAGUUUCGCUCCGGCCUUGGCACUUACUGUACAGUUCAGUACCCUUCGAGUUGCCACGUACAGGAAGCAGGCGCUCCAUACACCUCGCUGCACAUGAUGGUACUACCGCUCGUUAACACAAUCGCGUUAUCUGGCGGCAAUCGGUGCACCUCUGCCGAUGUCUGCGCUGUCGAAGCUGCAACCUGCAAUGCUACCCCAUCUAAAACGACGGAGCAACAGACGGCGGACCCUGUCUACGAAAGUGGCAACACAGAAGGGAAGCAAACCAGUGAACCAGGAUGUGAAACAGGUGACGGCGUCUUCAAAGGGGGAGAUGCGUCGUUACGCAAGGCGGCUGCCAUUCCACCAGAAUACGACCCGUUCUUAGUGCGUGUCGUUGAUCAUCCCAUCACUAACGUGGAAGCGUUGGUCCAUCUACUAAAAGGCAGUAUAGGCACUGGCAUCCUGGCUACGCCAAACGCCUUCAUGCACGCAGGGUACGUUGUUGGCGUUGUGGGAACCCUUUUCAUCGGCGCGGUGUGCUCCCACUCCAUGCAGAUGCUGGUGCGCGCACAGCAUGAGCUCAGUCGGAGGCGUCGUGUACCCAGCCUCACCUACCAGCAAACGGCCAUGGCUGCUUUGGAGGAAGGGCCAAGCUGCCUCCAGCCUCUAGCGCCGUAUGCUGGGCAUAUUGUGAAUAUCUUCCAAGUAAUCUUACAGAUUGGAAGCUGUUGUGUGUAUGUGGUAUUUGUCAGCAGCCACAUCAAAGCCGUAGUGGACCAGUACUCUUAUGUGUUGGAUCUCAGGAUAUACAUGUUAAUUUUGCUUGUGCCACUGAUAAUAAUAAAUAUGGUGCUCAAUUUGAAGCUGUUGGCACCAUUUACAACUUUAGCCAAUAUCUUGACUUUAAUUGGCUUUUGUAUCACAUUCUACUACUUGUUGAACAGUUCUCCCAGCCUUUUGGACAGACAACCAUUUGGGCCUCUCAAGGAUUUGCCUCUGUUAUUUGGAACUGUGCUUUUUUCACUAGAGGCAAUUGGUGUACUUCUCCCAUUGGAAAAUAGCAUGAUAUCACCAGGAAGUUUUGUUGGUCCACUGGGUGUGCUUAACAGAGCUAUGGUUAUCAUCAUAUUUCUCUUUAUUGUAAUUGGAUUAUUUGGCUACAUGAAAUAUGGAAAUGAAGCACAAGGAAGCAUAACACUUAAUCUGCCAGCUGAUGAAAUACUUGCACAAUCUGUGAAGAUAAUGCUGGCUGUCUCCAUUUUUAUAUCACACAGUCUACAAAAUUAUGUUAACAUUGACAUCUUAUGGAACAGUUAUUUGAGUGAGAAGUUUGAGAAACGUCCUCAUAAGAUUAUAUUUGAGUAUAUUGUUCGUAUUAGUCUUGUCACUAUUACAUCUGCUGUUCCAAAUCUGGAGCUGUUUAUAUCUCUGUUUGGAUCCCUCUGUCUGUCAGCUAUUGGAAUUGCUUUCCCAGCAAUAAUACAAAGCUGCAUCAUCUGGAAGAGCAGUAGUGGAAAACUUAAAUUUGUCUUGAGAAAUAUGAAGAACAUCUUUCUGGUCUCAUUUGCUUUUUUGGGUCUUGUUGUUGGGCCAUAUACAUCGAUAUCUGAUAUUAUCAAAAAUUUAGUUAAGUAGAUACAACACCAGAUCUUAUAUUGUCAGUGAUAUUACUACUGCCAAGUUGUAAAGCUAGAAAGAGUUAGCUACAGUGACUAUUACCUGUUAGAUAAACCUUUUGUGUUUUUUACUUAGUGAUCAGAAGAAUGGAUGGAAAGGACAAAAUUGAUACUAAUUACUACUUAAUUAAGGAACAUAAUAGACUUCUAUUGGAAUACUAUCUCACAUGUCCUUUAGACCUAAGACUUUUUGUCUGUUCAGUGACAAAAUAUCUUUACUAAAGUGAUACAAUUUGCAGAUGUAGUCAACGGGAAGUUUUGCGACAAACACCAAAACUCUCAAUCAAAAAUAUGUACUGUGAAGUACAUGCGAGAAAGCAUUCAUUAUGAGGUCACUUGAAAAUAAAUCUAUCGUUCCUGUAGUCAAAUAAAAUUGAAAAUGCUUGCUGUUGCAAAAGAGAUCCUGAUCAAGUAAGCUGUCAACAGAAAUAAGCAAGUGCUUCUUAGUAUAAAUUUACAGUGAACCUUUACAGUUCAAAAUGAAUCUUUUCAGUUGUUAGAUGAGCAGUAUUGUUAAGUUAAGAUGGUCCUGAAAUUAACUAAAAGUAAACUGAGACGUUUUGUAUUUAUGCAUUCUUCCACAUUAGAACAAACCGGUUCUAGUUGUAAUGUCCUGUGACUCUCAUGUAUUAAAGUUAGUACUAUGACGAAGAAACAAGGAAAAAUUUUCAACAUGUAGAUCCACUCUCUCUGCUAACAAUACACAAAAUGUAAUGAAUAGACAAUGAAUGGAAUGCGUGGAUAGGUAACUGGAAAAUUUUUAUGUUGUCCUUACACCAAAUAUGACAUUAACAGACAGAGACAAAACUGGAACUAUGGUACCUGUAUAAAUAUAUAUCUGUUUAAAUUGUGAAUUGUGUGUGCUUUUUCAUUCUUGAACAUGACAAAUUUUACACAACUAUUAAUGUGCAAUGAUCCUGUUGCCAUUAAAGAGUUACUGAUGUAUGUUUUAUACUUUACUGCAUGUCUAAUAAAUGAUACAUGUUGUUCAUAAUUUUAAAAAAUUGUAUUUGUAAUGAUCUCAUUUAAUCUUAAAUACCAAUAUCAAUUUUCAGUUCUGGCAGAAUGAACACUAAACAGUUCAUUAAAACUGCUAAUAAUAAACUGUGGUGUUAAUUUUUCACCUGAUGUUAGUGAUGCCAUUGUUAACUGUUCAAUAUUUUGACUGAUGCUUACAUGUUUCAUAUUUCUCUAAGUAAACAUGUUCAGAUGUACAACCCUUAGCUUGCCUAUAUUUUUGAUGUGCAGGAUAUUUACCUCAUUUGCCAAAACAUAGUGAGUAUUUCAUAAACGGAUAGAUAAGUGGCCACAUGUGUAGUCAUAUGGGUUCCUGUCUGAGAAAUUGUGCAUAUAAAUGAUAGAUAUAAUAUGAAUACUCCAAUAUUCCUAUUUGGGUUCAGCUUUGAAAGCUCCUGACAGCAUUAACAGGGUCAAAGUAAUUUGAUCAGUUGACCUGUUAACCAGUAAUGCCAAUCUGCAAUUGUUAUCAGUAACAGAACAUUUGACAUUGAUCUUUAUGUUGGUGCACAUAUCACUAUAAGGUAAUGAUGUAUUAGAAUGUUAGUUAACUAAAAAGCAAAGUCGCUGGACUACUUUUCUGUUUACACAAUGUACAUUGAAAAAGAAAGGUGUGUUACAUUUGGUUUGUAUCCUGUAAAUAUAGAAAUCCAAAAGCUA